AGCGGGGCGACCUCACUUUGCCGAGCGGCGCCCCGGAAGGAGGUCGGGAGGAGAGAGGCGGGAGGAGACGCCGAGGGGGCAGCGCAGCGCCCGGACCUUCCCCGCGCCAGCCGAGCCCCCGAGCCUCCCCAGCCGCGCGCCGGGCCAGCAGGCUGCGCAGGGAGAGAAGCAGCAGCCGCCGCCGCCGCCCAGCCCAUGGCCGUCUAGGAGGGUCCUGCCGGGGGCGAAGGGGAGGGGAGCCGCCCGCUUCUUAGUCCGAGAGCCUCCCGCAGCGCCUGCCGGUGUCGGCAGAGCAGCCGCCCCGGAGCGCCGCCGUCCCACUUUGCGCCUCGCCCGGACCAGCCGCCGACAUGGACACGCACACCCGGUGGAAACGGCGGAGCUGGCUGAAGCGGCCCGGGAGCCUGGCGCUGCUCCUGCUCGCCGCCCUCGCCCACAGCCGCGCAGCUGAGCCUGCAGAUCUAUUGAAGGUAUUAGAUUUCCAUAAUUUACCCGAUGGCAUCUCAAAAACGACGGGCUUCUGCACCAGCAGGCGGUCUUCCAAGGGAGCAGAUGUGGCCUAUCGCGUCACCAAGGAUGCCCAGCUGAGUGCCCCAACCAAGCAGCUUUUCCCUGCGUCUCCAUUUCCUGAAGAUUUCUCCAUCCUGACCACGGUUAAAGCCAAGAAGGGCGGCCAGGCUUUCUUGAUCUCCAUUUACAACGAACAAGGCAUCCAGCAAGUCGGUGUGGAGCUGGGGCGGUCCCCGGUUUUCCUAUACGAGGACCACAUGGAGAAGCCAGGCUCCGAGAACUACCCUCUCUUCCGCGGCAUCAACCUCUCGGAUGGCAAGUGGCAUCGAGUUGCUUUCAGUGUUCAUAAGAAGAAUGUCACUCUGAUUUUGGACUGUAAAAAAAAAGUCACCAAAUUGCUGGACCGAAGUGACCAUCCCAUCAUUGAUGUUAAUGGCAUCAUUGUCUUUGGAACAAGGAUCUUGGAUGAGGAAGUAUUUGAGGGCGACAUCCAACAACUGCUCAUCGUCUCGGACCAUCAAGCCGCCUACGACUACUGUGAACACUACAGCCCAGAUUGUGACACAGCCGUGCCAGAUGUGCCUCACUCUCAGGACCCAAACCCUGAUGAAUACUACCCAGAUGGGAAUGAGAACCUGGAAGUUGAAGGAGAAACUUACUAUUACGAAUACCCCUACUAUGAGGACCUCGACGAGGCAGGCAAAGCCACCCCGACCACUGCCCAACCUGUGGAAACCGAUGAAGUAGCCCGGGAAGUGAUUGACACCACCGAGAGUCCCACCCCUCUGCCCACCCCGCCACUGGUGGUGGAGAAGAUCCCGGAGGAGGUCCCCAAGGCAGAGGAUGAACUGCUGAUCGAUGAGUACGAGUACGGGACCAUGACGGAGGAGUACUAUACGCCCCUCCCCUACGAAGAUCUCAACUACGAAGACCUUGACAACCUUGACAAGCUCCCAGAAGGAGGCACUGGGGCAGAAGUGCCCACCAGCGCAGUCCUCGCCUACAAUGAAACGGAGAGCACAGGAAGAGUAAGUGAAGGUGGAGAAGAUCCUGACAAAGAUUUCUCCGUCACUGAGUAUGGAGAGGGAUAUUAUGACGGCUACUUCGACAGGACGGACUCACCUGACAUUGGACCUGGAAUGCCGGCUAACCAGGAUACCAUUUAUGAAGGGAUCGGUGGACCUCGAGGUGAAAAGGGGCAGAAGGGGGAGCCGGCGAUCAUUGAGCCAGGGAUGCUGCUCGAAGGGCCGCCUGGCUCAGAAGGCCCAGCCGGGCUGCCAGGCCCGCCGGGAACAACGGGGCCAGCGGGGCCAAUGGGGGAUCCUGGAGAAAGGGGCCCACCUGGACGUGCAGGACUUCCUGGCGCUGAUGGCCUGCCAGGCCCACCCGGGACAAUGCUGAUGCUGCCGUUCCGGUUCAGCGGGGGUGGAGACGGGGGCUCAAAAGGCCCCUUGAUCUCCACCCAGGAGUCCCAAGCACAAGCCAUCCUGCAGCAGGCCAGGCUGGCUCUGAGGGGACCAGCCGGCCCAAUGGGACUGACCGGAAGACCAGGCCCCAUGGGACCCCCAGGUGGUGGAGGAAUCAAAGGUGAAUCGGGAGACAUGGGACCUCAGGGUCCACGAGGGGUUCAAGGCCCUCCAGGUCCAUCAGGGAAACCAGGACGGCGGGGACGGGCUGGCAGCGAUGGUGCUCGGGGGAUGCCAGGCCAAACGGGACCGAAGGGCGACCGAGGUUUCGGUGGCCUGGCUGGGAUGCGUGGAGACAAGGGGAACAGGGGUGAUCCUGGCCCCUCAGGCCCCCCAGGAGCCCCAGGUGAAGAUGGUGACCGGGGUGAUGAUGGAGAAGUUGGGCCCAGAGGUCUCCCCGGUGAACCGGGUCCCCGUGGUUUGCUUGGACCGAAGGGACCUCCGGGGCCCCCAGGACCUCCGGGCAUUGCUGGCAUGGAUGGACACUCCGGCCCGAAGGGGAAUGUGGGUCCUCAAGGUGAGCCUGGACCCCCAGGUCAACAGGGAAGUCCAGGUGCUCAGGGUCUUCCCGGCCCUCAAGGUCCCAUCGGAGCUCCCGGGGAUAAGGGUCCCCUGGGGAAACCGGGUCUUCCUGGCAUGCCUGGAGCAGAUGGUCCCCCGGGCCAUCCUGGCAAAGAAGGGCCUCCGGGAGAGAAGGGCACCCAGGGUCCAGCUGGCCCUCAGGGCCCACUUGGGUAUCCCGGCUCCCGUGGAGUGAAGGGCGCUGACGGCAUCCGGGGCUUGAAAGGGACGAAGGGUGAGAAGGGCGAAGAUGGCUUCCCAGGAUUCAAAGGCGACAUGGGCAUUAAAGGCGACAGGGGUGAAAUUGGCCCUCCUGGUCCACGGGGUGAGGAUGGGCCGGAGGGCCCGAAAGGUCGCAGCGGCCCCAACGGAGAGCCAGGCCCACUAGGUCCACCUGGAGAAAAGGGAAAGCUUGGCAUUCCUGGUCUGCCUGGAUACCCUGGAAGACUUGGCCCCAAGGGUUCCAUUGGAUUUCCAGGGUUCCUGGGAGCCAACGGAGAGAAAGGAGGAAGGGGCACCGCUGGCAAACCAGGACCAAGAGGACAGCGAGGUCCCACGGGCCCCCGAGGAGAACGCGGCCAGCGAGGCAUCACUGGGAAACCUGGCCCAAAGGGCAAUUCCGGUGGGGACGGACCUCCAGGACCUCCGGGUGAAAGGGGACCUUCAGGGCCUCAAGGACCAACAGGCUUUCCUGGACCAAAAGGGCCUCCGGGGCCUCCAGGAAAAGAUGGAUUGCCAGGCCAUCCUGGGCAGAGAGGGGAAACGGGCUUCCAAGGGAAGACGGGCCCACCUGGGCCCCCAGGUGUUGUUGGUCCACAGGGCCCCACAGGAGAAACCGGCCCGAUGGGGGAACGUGGCCAUCCGGGCCCUCCAGGGCCCCCAGGUGAACAGGGACUUCCUGGCUUGGCUGGAAAAGAAGGAACCAAGGGUGACCCAGGCCCCGCCGGUUUGCCCGGGAAAGAUGGCCCAGCAGGAUUCAGAGGCUUCGCCGGAGACCGAGGACUCCCCGGCCCAAUUGGACCUGUGGGGCUGAAGGGCAACGAAGGCCCACCGGGGCCUCCUGGACCAGCAGGCUCUCCAGGGGAGCGAGGUCCUGCAGGAACAGCUGGCCCAAUUGGACUGCCAGGACGGCCUGGACCCCAAGGGCCCACUGGCCCUGCGGGUGAGAAAGGGACCCCGGGUGAGAAAGGCCCCCAAGGCCCGGCUGGACGAGACGGCAUCCAGGGACCAGUUGGGCUUCCAGGUCCUGCCGGCCCGGUUGGCCCCCCAGGGGAAGAUGGUGACAAGGGUGAAAUUGGUGAACCAGGACAGAAAGGAAGCAGAGGGGACAAAGGAGAACAGGGUCCACCAGGUCCUAUUGGUCCACAGGGCCCGAUUGGCCAACCAGGUCCAGCUGGAGCCGAUGGAGAGCCCGGCCCACGAGGACAGCAAGGGCUUUUCGGACAGAAGGGCGAUGAAGGACCAAGAGGAUUUCCUGGCCCUCCAGGGCCAGUUGGGUUGCAGGGCUUACCUGGGCCUCCAGGUGACAAGGGAGAAACUGGGGACGUCGGCCAAAUGGGUCCUCCAGGUCCCCCCGGACCCAGGGGCCCAGGGGGACCCCCCGGAGCUGAUGGGCCACAAGGUCCCGCAGGAGGGAUUGGAAAUCCAGGAUCUGUUGGUGAAAAGGGAGAACCUGGAGAAUCAGGAGAACCUGGCCUUCCCGGAGACUCUGGACCACCAGGUCCUAAAGGAGAAAGAGGGGAAAAGGGGGAAGCAGGCCCCUCUGGGUCUGCUGGGCCCCCAGGCCCCAAAGGUCCCCCAGGAGAUGAUGGCCCCAAAGGGAGCCCGGGUCCGGUUGGAUUUCCAGGUGAUCCAGGCCCUCCAGGUGAACCUGGCCCAGCUGGUCAGGAUGGCCCAACAGGCGAUAAGGGCGAUGAUGGGGAAGCUGGUCAAACGGGGUCUCCUGGUCCAACCGGAGAGCCGGGUCCUUCUGGCCCUCCAGGCAAGAGGGGGCCACCUGGACCUGCAGGACCCGAAGGCCGACAAGGAGAGAAAGGGGCGAAGGGUGAGUCUGGAUUGGAAGGACCUCCUGGGAAGACGGGUCCAGUUGGUCCUCAGGGACCUCCAGGAAAGCCAGGUCCAGAUGGACUUCGGGGAAUACCUGGCCCAGUGGGCGAGCAAGGGCUUCCAGGUUCACCAGGCCCAGAUGGACCUCCUGGCCCCAUGGGGCCACCUGGCUUACCUGGCCUGAAAGGGGAUUCGGGUCCAAAGGGAGAAAAGGGUCAUCCCGGACUGAUUGGUCUCAUUGGGCCUCCCGGCGAGCAAGGAGAAAAGGGAGAUCGGGGACUGCCGGGACCUCAAGGAGGAUCGGGACCUAAAGGAGAACAGGGCAUUCAAGGUCCAUCUGGCCCUCUUGGCCCACCUGGUUCCCCAGGGUUGCCGGGCCCCCCUGGUCCAAAAGGUGCUAAAGGAUCUUCCGGGACAACGGGUCCGAAGGGCGAGACUGGUCAUCCCGGCCUACCAGGACCUCCUGGUCCUCCAGGAGAGGUGAUCCAACCUCUUCCCAUCCAGUCCUCCAAACGGACUCGGAGGAACAUCGAUGCCAGCCAGCUGAUGGAUGACGUCAAUUCCGACAAUUAUGUGGACUACACGGAUGGCAUGGAGGAGAUCUUUGGCUCCUUGAACUCUCUGAAACUGGAAAUCGAGCAGAUGAAACACCCGCUGGGCACCCAGCACAACCCAGCGCGGACUUGCAAAGACUUGCAGCUGUGUCACCCGGACUUCCCAGACGGAGAAUAUUGGGUGGACCCGAAUCAAGGCUGCUCCCGGGAUUCCUUCAAAGUUUACUGUAAUUUUACUGCUGGUGGGGAAACUUGCAUCUUCCCAGAUAAGAAAUCUGAGGGGGCUAGAAUUACUUCAUGGCCAAAGGAAACCCCGGGCUCCUGGUUCAGUGAAUUCAAGCGCGGUAAACUGCUCUCCUACGUGGAUGCUGACAGCAACCCCAUUGGGGUGGUACAGAUGACCUUCCUGCGUCUCCUGAGUGCAUCCGCCCACCAAAACAUCACCUACAACUGCUUCCAGUCCGUGGCCUGGCAUGAUGCCAUUGUGGGCAACUACGAGAAGGCCAUGCGCUUCCUGGGCUCCAACGACGAAGAGAUGUCGUACGACAACAGCCCUUUCAUCAGGGCGGUCUUCGACGGCUGUGCAACCAAGAAGGGCUACCAGAAGACGGUCUUGGAAAUCAGCACCCCCAAAGUGGAGCAGGUCCCCAUUGUCGACAUCAUGUUCAACGACUUUGGCGAAGCGUCUCAGAAGUUUGGAUUCGAGGUGGGGCCGGCGUGCUUCCUGGGCUGAGGGCCGCUCAGAAGGACUCUCUGCAAAAGGGCAACUUCGUAACCUCAUUGUGCCUUCUCUUUUUGGCUACUUCCUCUCCUUUCGUUGUUCUUGGUCAUCAUGUGCACGUUCUGAAACUGGACAGUUUGAUGGGACUGUUUUCAAAACCGCUCUCCUAUUUACCCCGACAUCAAUUUUGCCCCAAGGCACACCCACCCCUCCCCCAACCCCAGUCACAAUCCGGACCCUGCUCACCACCGAUUCCAGAAUCACAUGACCGAGGGGCUCUCCGACUGGCCAGAGCCAGCUUUCUCCUUCUGUGCUGCGCCUCUUCGUGGAGACCGUCAAAGGGCUCCGCUCUCACGCUUGGAUGUGUUGCCUUUUCCUCGAAACCAGAACGUUCCCGGCAGGAAAGACGCCACCCCUGCCGCCUUUGCUUUCCUUCCUUUCAGCAGCUUCUCUGCAUCCGAGGGAAAACUGUCCAGCUAUCGCCAGUUUCCCGUCAUUGGAAAGUCCCUGAAACACCACCGAAAGCCAUCAGCCGGGCGAUGCAGCCGACGCCUGAUCUCUGUACAGAAACAUGGACGAAGGACUCCGAAACCCCCUCUCGCUUGGAUAAUCUUCCCUGCUGGGGUUUCUCUCAGAACCUAGAUGGAACACCUCCCCCCCCCCACCAGAGAUGGUUUCUCUGGUUCUCUUCCACUUCAUUCACACAAGAAACAUCGGAAAGCAACGACCCUUAAAAGUACCAGGUUCUGACUGCUUAUCCCAUAUGAUAAAGGUGCUUCUAUUUUUGUAUUUUGUAAGUAAAUAUUUGUAUAUUAUUAUAUUAAAUAUUAAAUGUUUCUGGGUUCAAAAGAUGCAUGUGAGUCACCCAUGCUCCACUGGGCAGCCUCCUCGUCCCCAGCAUCCGAUGCCUUCGCUAAGACCAAAGUAGGAAUCAGCAGGGAACUGUGUGCUCCCCCCAGACUCAGGAAGCAGGUUCCUGCAGCCCCCUCCCCUUAGGAGCAAUACGCCUCAGCCUUACAGGCACCCAGCAAAUGGGAUUAAAAUUAAGCAUUGCUGAACUUUGGGGGAACUGAGGCAGGUGUGUCUCCGGACAAAGGAAAACGGCUGCCAUCUUUGUGCCAAGUGUACCAGCAGUGUUGAUAUUUGUCACCUCUGACAAGCAAUAGAUUUAUGGCCAGCUCCCCCCACCCCUAUUCAGGCUUUACCUAGUGCAAUGUAGAGGUUUUUUAAAAAAUAUCUUUUACCAAGAAAAUCUUUUCCCCUCAGUGUUCUCUUACCUUCCUUCCAUUUUGUUGGUGCUAUAGCUGUCGGAGGAACCUUCCAGACAACCCUGGCUGAGCCCUACCAGGGGUCCCUCCCAGCUCUCCCCUCAUUUCAGCCCAGUGAUACAUCACCUGUCGUUCCCCCCUCCCCCAUGACCUUGUAUCCCGUGACCCAUCAUCCUAUCAUUGAUGGGUCUGAUGAGCGAAUUAAUUCAACUGUUCCGGAGGUCUGGGUUUUUCUUUGGUAGCAAUAGGCUAUUCACGCAACGCAUCCCAGGGUAAACAUGCCAGAUUUGUACUCAGUUGCUGAAUAUUUGUGGUGCUAAUUUAUGACUUUAUUCAAUGUACUGAAGCCAAGGCCAGACUUGACCUGUCUCUACAACUCCCCUCCUCUGUCUUUCCAGAGCAAAACUGAACAGUGCAAUUGUGUGUGUCUUUCUCCAGGGGGGGGGGGGAGGGCUUACAGCCACCGCCCACCCUCCACCCCUCUGGCUCACUGCUCCCAUACGUAGAAAGGGAAAGAGCACCCCACGCCUGGCCCUCAGCCUCGAGGCCAAAGGGAAGGGCAUUGCUGUGACUGAAUGGGAGUCUUUGCGGGAUGUCUUUUCCCAAGGCAUUCCUGACGCGGGGAAGCUCUGGGUGUAACUAGCCAGCAUCUAUCUGUAUCUGUAGACUCCCCUGCUGGGCUGGCUGACUUUCCUCCUGCCAUUAUCGUGGGCCCUUAUCCCUUUCCCGCCUUCCUUUCCCACCGAAGGAGCAUGGCGUGAGAGUGGUUGUCAGGAUAUCACUUAGAAGGCCAGGAAGUGACAUAUUUCUCAUUGAAAACAGCAUUCUGAACAGCUCUGUUUGGCCAGUCUGUGCUUUUGUCUCUCAAGGGGGGUGGGAGGCCUUUCCUGUAGCCCGCUCCCACUCUUCAUUGGCAGACAGCAAUGAUUUGUCCACUCCUGACAGAUUCCAGGGGACAAGCCUCGCGAGGCGCACAGGGUCUUUGGCCCUACACCACAUUCCCCAACCUGGGCACAACAUUCAUGGUGCUCUUUCCCUUCUUUGGGGAAUUUGGGGGGAAUCACCGCAUGGAGGGUGGAGAGCUGAGAUACGCUCUCUUAGGUCAUGUGAUUCUGAUCUGAUUAUUUCAUCUCCCUUCCUUCCUUCCUUCCUUCCUUCCUUCCUUCCUUCCUUCCUUCCUUUCCUUCCUUCCUUCCUUCCUUUCCUUCCUAUUUUGGUGCUUCUAUCAAAAUCCUACAGAAUGUUGUAAAACUGUACUGUUGUGUCUUUCAUUCCUGUUCCAUUUUUCCCUUCCCCUCCCAGAACACUUUCAGUUACCGUAUAUUGCAAUAAAAUUUGCUUCUUGUAUUUGCA